AUGGAGGCAGGCGUUGAAUAUCGAUCACUGCCUAGCCCUAUACCUUCUUUGCAUACACUUAGACGCUCAGGAACUCAGUUCUCGAUUCGGGCCCUCGUAGCAGGUCUGUUCGUCGGAGUUCUUGUCAACAUAUCCAACACAUAUUAUGGGCUGCAAGCUGGGAUUUAUUUUCAGAUGCCCAUGAUAUCAGGUCUUCUAGGCUACCUUCUCUUUAAAGGAUCGGAGAGGCUCUCUAUCGUACCUCUAAGCCCAGGAGAGAACGUUUUGAUAAUAAGUGCGGCCACUGCAACGGGAUGCAUGCCCGUUGCUGCUCACUUUGGUGGUAUCAUACCCGCUCUAGAAUUUGUCAUUGGUCCUCAGGAUGGUGGUCCUUAUCAUUUCUCAUUUGGUCAGCUAUUGAUAUGGGCUUUCAGUCUCGCCUUCUUCGGCAUAUUCUUUGCCGCAAUUCUGCAUAAUGGUCUCAUCCAAAGAGAUCGUUCGCCAUGGCCGGGAGCCAAGGCGACCGCCCAAAUGCUCACUGUCAUGCACGAGACUACCAAGCACGGAGACAAUGAGGUCAUUGCCAAUCCAACAGGGCAAGAUCAGUAUCGCAAUGUAUCCGGAGCUCCAAAUCGUCAGUGGCAGAAGGUGGUUUCUGUACUUCUACGCUUUGGAGGAGGGUCAUUCCUCCUAACAACGGCCACGCACUUUCUCCCCUCGUUGCGUACGAUACCCAUUUUUGGCAUGAGGGCAGCACAAAACUGGCUGUGGGACUUUGAUCUCUCUGCAGGAUUUAUUGGCGGAGGCAUCAUCACUGGACCUGUGAUUCCUCUACACAUGCUAUGUGGUACUAUUGUUGGUUGGGCUAUACUAUCUCCUCUGAUCAUGAGUAAAGGCUGGGUACAUGGACCAGUGGAUGACUGGGAGACUGGGAGCAGAUCUUGGAUCAUUUGGAUCAGCACAUCCGCACUUGUGGCCGAUGCUGCUGUAAACCUUCUGUGGUUCGUUCUAGAAUCGUUACGGAAACAUAUACUUGACUCUCCUGUCGAAGACCGACCGGAUGACAGCCAGACUCCACUCCUCCACAAUUCAUCCAGGGACGCACCCAGGAGACGGCAAAGAGAACACCUACCAGCAACAUUGCUCUACGGUUUCAAGAGGCAAACACGACUCCUACUUGUGGCCAUGUUUGUCUUGUCGAUAAUUAUUUGUGUUAUCGGAGUGCGUCUAGUCUUCGGGUCGAUCAUUGGGCCACAUCUCGUGGUGUUGGGGAUCGCCCUUGCACUUCCUAUGGCUGUAGCAGGUAUACGUGCACUCGCCGAGUGUGACUGGAAUCCCCAAAACGGUUUAGUAUCCCAGCUAGUCUUCGCGACUCUGGUAUCAAGAGCGAAUCCGAACGCGCUUGUCAUCAAUCUUGUGACCGCUGGAAUUGCAUCAGCGUGUGCAAGCCAAUCUGGUGACAUCGCAUUCGACUUCAAACUCGGCAGUUUCCUUGACGCUAAUCCUGAUGCUCAGAUCUAUGGACACAUAGCUGGCUCAAUUUUUGGCACGUUCGUCGCAACAGUCUCUUACAGACUGUACACUUCGUCAUAUGAGGUUCCAGGUCCAGUGUUUCAGAUACCAGGCUCCUAUAUCAGUGUCAGUACGGCAAGACUCAUUCUUGGAAAGGGUCUUCCAGAAGGUGUUCCAAUGUUUGCUUUGGCCUUCGGCGGUUGGUUUGCCAUUAGUGCAUUUCUGAAGCUACGGUUUUCGGACAGGUGGUGGAAUAACGUGCUGCCCAGCGGUACAGCCUUUGCAAUAGGAAUGGCAAAUGUCCCCUCUUUUACACUUUCUCGCCUCGUAGGAGGCAUAGCAUGCUGGGCAUAUUCACGUUGGAAUGCUAGGAGCGGCAAUAUCACUAUCGCUAGUGGUGCAGGGAUGAUCUUGGGUGAGACAAUUGGCAGCAUUGCAGACCUUUGUCUCACUGCUGUCGGCGUCUGA